AGAAAGAAGAAGAAUAUGGCUGAUUUCCAAGAGCAGUUGAGGCAGUAUCGACAACAGAAACAAAGAAAGGAUUUACUGACCAGAAUCAAAACGAAAGCUAAACGAUUUUGGAUGCUGGGCACUGGUGCAGAUAUAACUCAGGGAAAAAGUGAAACGACCAUCGACAUUAAGCCAGCUAAAACGCUAAAUAAGGAAUCCGGUCUAAUUUAUGAAACCAUUGAUGAAAAUGUGGCCUCGAGCGAAGAUGAUGAAUUGUUGCCACAGGACAACCGGACAAAUGCUAAUGCAAACGAGGAGAGCAAGUGCUUAAAAUACACUCUUUGGACUGUUUACCUUCUAUUCUGGGUUACAUUGUAUGUGAUUGCCAUAGAGCUCAAAUUCGGAGUGGUGUUUUUGAUGUUCUCGGCAUUAUUUGGAAUAUAUUUCAACACCAGAACUGGUCCAAGAAAACCGAGUGAAAUAAGUGCAUACAGUGUCUUUAACAAGAACUGUGAAAGUAUUGACGGCACUCUGAAAGCGGAGCAAUUCGAAAGAGAAAUUCGCUACGGGUCUGGAUCUGUGCGCUAAAAACCUUGACUUACUCUCAUUUAGAGUACAAUGUAAAUAAAAAUCAAUCAUAGAAGUAAAUCAAAUCGUUGUGCAGUGAUUUUAAACAAUAAAGGUGACCCGUCAACAUAAA